GCAAGCCCUGAGGAGCAACAGGAACAAGAAGGAGAAGGAGAAGGAGAAGGAGAAGAGGUAGAGGACGAGGAAGCACAUCAAGGAAGACAAGGACAGACAGCUCAAGGACCUUGUCUCGUUGUUGCCACUCGUUUCUUGGACUGUUACUUGAGGCCCUUACCUGACUCAACCCUCACCAUGGUUGUGUACAACUUCAAGAAGAUCGCCCCUGUCCCGACGUCCAAAGAUUUCGUCGAUGUUGUGCUCAGCAAGACCCAGAGACAAACGCCGACGGUUGUUCACAAGCAGUAUGCCAUCGGGCGAAUCAGAGCCUUCUACAUGCGCAAGGUCAAGUACGCGCAGCAGUGCUACGAGGAGAAGAUUGCCCGCAUCCUCGAUGAGUUUCCUCGGCUGAACGACAUUCACCCCUUCUAUGCAGACCUGAUGAAUGUGCUGUAUGACAGAGAUCACUACAAGCUUGCUCUUGGUCAGCUCAACAUGGCACGAGGGCUCAUAGACAAGAUAGGAAAGGACUACCUGAGGCUCCUCAAGUUCGGCGACUCCCUGUACCGCUGCAAGCAGCUCAAGAGAGCUGCGCUGGGUCGCAUGUGCACGUUGAUGAAGAAGCUCAAGUCUUCGCUGGAGUACCUCGAGCAAGUCCGCCAGCACUUGGCUCGCUUGCCUUCCAUCGACCCCAACACGCGCACCCUCCUGAUCUGUGGAUUCCCCAACGUCGGGAAGUCCUCCUUCAUGAACAAGGUGACGAGAGCAGAUGUGGAGGUGCAGCCGUACGCGUUCACCACCAAGUCGCUCUUCGUCGGCCACAUGGACUACAAGUACCUUCGAUGGCAGGUGAUCGACACGCCAGGGAUCCUCGACCACUCGCUGGAGGAGCGAAACACGAUCGAGAUGCAGUCGGUGACGGCGCUUGUGCACCUCAAGGCGUGCAUCCUCUACUUCGUCGACCUCUCUGAGCAGUGCGGGUACUCGAUCAAGCAGCAGGUCUCUCUCUUCCAGAACAUCAAGCCUCUCUUCGAAGGGAAGCCCCUCAUGGUGGUGCUCAACAAGAGCGACAUGAAGACCGUUGACCAGUGCUCGCCGGAGGAGCAGGAGCUUGUGAAGACGAUGCAAGGGGCCAACGUCCAGUUUAUCACCUGCUCGACUCUCACGGAAGAAGGAGUGACGGGGCUCAAGACUGUCGCCUGCGACGCUCUGCUCACUCAUAGGGUCAACACUAAGAUUUCCCGCGCCGAGAAGGCAGGAAAGGAAUCUAGCGUGCUGGACGGGAUCCACGUUGCCAUGCCGGAGAAUCGAGACACGUCCGAGAGGCCGCCAAUCAUCCCUUCCUCUGUCAUGGCUCGGAUGCAACAGGGAGAGACGACCAAGACGCAACGGAAGCUGCAAAAGGAGAUCCAAGAAGAGUGUGGAGGAGCUGGAGUGUACUCGAUGGACUACCGAGAGCAGUACCUCGGGCUCAAGAAGGAAGACUGGAAGUUUGACAUCAUCCCGGAGAUCAUGGACGGGAAGAACAUCGCUGACUUCGUUGACCCCGACAUCGAGCGCAUGCUUGAGGAACUCGAGCGCGAGGAGGAGGAGAGGGAAGCUCGCGGAGAGUACGAUGAAGAUCCUGACGCGCUGGAUGACGGGCUGACGGAGGUUGAGCGUGAGCAGCUGGAUGCGGCGAGGAGGAAGAAAGCAACGCUGAGGCACGAGAGCAUGAUGGCCAGGUCGAGAAACCAUCCCACCAUGCCCAGGACUGUCGCAGCGAACAGACGAGGAGACUUGUCGGCUCGCGGUCGCUCCAUGGACGAGCAUCUCGAAGAGCUCGGUUACGACGAGGACAUUGGGGCGAGGAAGAGAGCGCGUUCCAUGUCGGAGGCAAGAGGCAGGAGCAGAACCAGGAAGGAGCGCAUGGACGUUGAGGAGGGAGAGGAGGGAGAAGCUAUGGACGUGGACGGUGAGCGUGCAGCGAAGAAGAUGAGAAUGGCAAGCCGGAGCAGAAGCCAGAGCGUUCCAAGGGAUGUUGCCGGUCAUGCGUACAAGGACAAGACGCAGCAAGAGAAGGCAAAGAAGAUUACCAAGAAGGUGGUCAAGAGCGCGAUGAAGGUGAAGGGCAAGGGGACGGCAAGGAAAGGAGAGGCCGACCGACAUGUCCCCAACUUCAAGCCCAAACAUCUCCUUACCGGCAAGCGCGGGAUCGGCAAGACGGAUCGGCGCUAAGAGCCUGUGGGACGAGCGAGAAGCUCGAGAGAGAAGAAGAGAGAAGUCGUCGGAGAUGCCAGUUCGAAAGUGUCUCUCUGUUUGUGUAUCCUCACUUAGUGAAGAACUUUUCAAAUCC